AUGGCUGUCCUACUUAGCAUUUGGGCGUUAAUUUUCAUGAUCUCACAAAUACCACAAAGCGAAUGCUCGAUUAAGCAAGCUGUCUUUCUUAUAUAUAAACAAAAAUACUUGGCAAAUCACGUCAUUGAAACAAGGCAGGUAGAAAGCGAGUUGCAGUGCAGUAUGCAUUGCGUUGGAGUUGGAUCAUGUGCUUCAGUAAAUUAUAAAACUUCUGGAAUCGGUAAAGGUCUAUGUGAGCUCAACAAUAAGACGCUUCGAGAAAUAUCUGACUCUGAUGGAAGUAUGCAUAACUCUGAGUUCGACCAUCUUUAUAUAGUCAAAAAG